UGUAUGUCUUUGGGAUUUUGUGAGGAAACUGGAGCACCCGGAGGAAAACCACGCGGAGCACCCGCAGUCAUGUUCAAACCCAGCUCUCUGGCGCUGUAGGGCAACAACACUAUCGCUCUGCAGCUCGUACCUGAUAGCUGGACUGACUGCCGACUGGAGGACGCGGGACCCCGGGUCCCGCACUCGCGGACCGGGUCCUGUCUCGGGCUUUUGGCAGCGACGGUGAUAAACUGGCGAGACAGCAGUCUGCGCUCAAGAACUGGGUCAAUGCAGCAGACCGAGUGAAGCGCCGGUAGCUGACGAUGCAAAUAUGGGCACUCCGGACUAGGGGAGCGUCCCAGCACGUUCCUACCUGUAGUAACACGGCGCCCGUGGGUGGAGUCUCCCAAGUUGUUGGAGACUCCAGGCUUGGCGGUUGCUGUCCGCGGCAGCGAGCCACCGCUGUCCACACCUGGGUCAGCGCAACCUAGAAUCAUUGGCCGGUCUGAGAACAUCUCAGUGUCCCACCUGGGGACUGAGCAAUUGGCUGGAAGGCAGAAUAAUAUUAGAGGACAUGAGGGUCUUCACCACUCUCCUCCCUUUGAUUAUCUAUGCCACAGACCGUUUCCCCGAAGGAUUACCAGGCCCGACUGGAGCCGGGCCCGUUCCUCUGCUCAGGAGGUUUGAGGGUCUGUGGUACGACCGGGACUCCGUCAGCCGGCAGCAGACCCGAACCAGGCGCUGGAGCUUGGCCGAGGAGCCGAGGGUGCAGCUGCAGUUCACAGCCCAUCGCAGGCAAUUCCAUCUCCAAUUGAAAAGAGAUUUGAGUAUGUUCACAGAAGAUUUUAGAAUUGAAACCAGAAGCGGCCUGGAAUACGCAGACCUCUCACAUAUCUAUUCUGGGCAGCUGCAGGGUGAGAACAGUUCCCAUUGCCACGGCUCCAUCAUUGAUGGCCGAUUUGAAGGUUUUAUCCAAACUCAGAAGGGCAGAUAUUAUGUUGAGCCUGCGGAGCGUUAUGGCCAGGGAGAGCAUCCUGCCAUCCAUUCCAUCAUCUAUCACCAGGAUGACGUUGACGCCUCCCACCUUCAAAGCCAAGGCCCUAGCUGCCUGAGUCGGUCUGUGCUUUGUCGUUAUCAGGAUUUCCAAGAGUCAUCACCACAGGAGGCCCUGGAUUCCAGACCAAAGCGGAGUGUUGAAUACAGUCGGACUACCUGCCUGUUGCACCUGUACGCUGACCACCUUUACACCAAGCGGCUGGGCGACAGCAAGAGCGUCACGGCACAGAUUUCAAGUUAUAUGAAGGCAGUGAAUGAAAUAUAUGAAAAUGUGAACUUUGCAGGGAUACGUCAAAUAAAUUUCAAGGUGAAGAAAUUGGUGAUUGACUCCGAAUACAAUGAAACCAACCCCCUCCAUGGACGCUUCAUCAGUGUGGACAAACUCCUGGAACUGUUCUCCAAGAGAGACUGGAGUGAAUACUGUCUGUCCUACCUCCUGUCAGACCGCGAUUACAACGGCAUCCUGGGAGUGGCCUGGCUGGCAAAGACAGGAGAUUCUGGUGGGAUCUGUUCUCGCACACACAACACUGGCUUGAUCACACUGCAGAAGUAUGGUGUGCAGAUUCCUGCGAGAAUGGUCCACAUCACCCUGGCUCAUGAACUCGGUCACAGUCUGGGAUCCCCUCACGACGAGGGGAAAGAGUGCAUCCCAGAGGAAUCUUCAGCCUCCCAGAGGAACGAUGGAAACUACCUGAUGUAUCCCUACGCUUCCGAUGCACUUGAGUAUAACAACGACAGACUCUCCCCGUGUACCAUCCAGUACAUCAGCAAGGUGCUGAUGGUGAAGAAAGACCAGUGCUUUGCGGAGAGUGGGAGGCCGAUUUGUGGCAACCAGUUGGUGGAGGAAGGGGAGGAGUGUGAUGUUGGUCAAAGUAGCAACGACCCUUGUUGCUAUGGUGCCAGAGAACCCAUCGAGGUGUCCUGUAAGCUGAAGCCGGGUGCCCUUUGCAGUCCAACUCAGGGGCCCUGCUGCAGCCCCCAGUGCGUGCUGGCAACUCACCAGCAGCAGUGCAGCAGAGAAACCGAGUGUGCUUUUGAAAGCUACUGCAACGGAGUGAGCCCUGCCUGCCCGGACUCUUCUCCCAAAGAGAACCACACCCUCUGCCACCAGGGAUUGCUGCUGUGUGUGAAUGGGCAAUGCUCGGGUUCUCUCUGCAUACAGCAUGGACUGCAGCAGUGCAGCUGCGGCACCCAAUCCACUGAGGAGGAGUGUUACCUCUGCUGCCAGAAGACAGGUGAUGCUCAGACCUGCGCCAGCUCUUCCUCUGCCCUACUGCAGCGGUACUUCAACGGGACCCUGCGGAGCCUGCCACCAGGUUCUCCCUGCAGGAAGAAGCAGGGCUACUGCGACAAGUUUAACAAGUGCCGCCUGGUCGACGACGAUGGUCCCAUCGCCAGACUGAAAAAUGCCAUCUUCCACCCCAAGGAGUUUGAAGACAUAUCGGAGUGGAUGAAGGAACACUGGUGGGCUAUUCUCCUCGGUAUUCUGGCUCUCGGUGCUCUGAUGGCAAGUACGGUGUUUAUCUUUGGAAAGACUUUGGACAGCGAGGAAGGGGAGGCUAUGGAUGCAUUACAAACCUUCCAAUCAUCUGAAAGAGUGCAGGAGGCUUCACACUGACAAUGGGACCAUCCUUCAAGAGACUACCCAAAACUCCUUUCAAACAGAGCUUCCAAGUCACACGGCUGCCGGCUUGGAGAUAACUUUCAGGGAACAGGGAAGGAGUGAAGUGGGACUGAUGGUGUUCUCCUGAAGCUGGUGGGGACUGUGAGAGGGCCGAUGGCUUUGAUCUGACGAGAAUAAUUCUACGCUUCCAAGAUAUGAUAAAAACGUACUCAGAAACACAGGCAGUACCAUGCUGUUCCCUGAAAUUCUUUCUUUUGAUUUAAUAACAUUUAUGAGUAUCAAUAUGAAUUGUUGCCAUGGAGGUAUCUAUGACACCUGAUCUUUGGCUCAGUUUCCAAGCGACAAGAACCCACAGUGAAAAUGAAAUCCAGUCAUGAAAGCAAUGACCUUUCAA